GACAGCCGAUGAACGCGGCAUUAAAGCGACACUUGAGCCAAACUGCUUCCAGUUUCUGAGAGUUUCUGUCCAGUUUAAAGCCUCUAAAUGAGUGUGUUUCCAGCGGGCUGCUGUCGGACCCGUCCUCAGGCUGUUGUUCCGUCUCUUUUCUAAUCAGAUUGAUCCAGAACAGCGAACAGAGACAACAGGACAGAGAUGUUUGAAAAUGUCCCCACAGUGUCCUCAGCAGAGCGUCAGCAGGUUCUGGGAGCUCUGGAGCGUCUUCAGGCCAAGCUGGUCCAGAGGGAGGAGUGGACCCACAGCGACACUCUGGGGAACCUGAGGGAAACCCUGCAGAGUCCACUGUUCAGCCACAUCCUGACGCUGCAGCACUCCAUCAAGCAGCUCCGCAGCCAGCUCUCCGUGAUGCCUCCAGAUGCCAGCAGUGACUUCAGCUUCUCUAAAAAAGGUCAGCUGAUCAUGAGCGCCGUUGAUCCGGCCGCCGGCUUGGCUCCACCCCCUCCAUCCACCUCGUCCUCCGUCCGGACCAACGGCUUGUCUCCGCCCGUCCAUCAGCCCCCGCCCUCCUCCGACCUCCUCCAGAAGUGGAUCCUCGCCGCUGCCAAGGGCCGUCAGACGGAGCUGGUCAGCCUGACCCGGCCUCUGACCGGAGGGUUGGGCUUCAGCGUGGUUGGACUGAACCCUGCAGGAACCAGCAGCCACGGCGUCUUCAUCAAACACAUCCAGCCGGGAGGAAUCGCUCACAGGGACGGGCGUCUCCGUGAGCGGGACCAGAUCCUGGUGAUCAACGGCAGCCCUCUGGAGUCUGGGAUCAGCCAGCAGCAGGCGCUGAGCCUCCUGCAGCAGCCUGGAGAAACCGUGGAGAUGGUGGUGGCCCGAGAACACCAACCUGACCCGCCACCUGCUACCGCCACCGCUGGGUCCAUCAACACGGAUCCGUGGGGUCACGUGGAGGAGAUCGAGCUGGUCAACGAUGGAUCCGGUCUGGGUUUCGGUAUUGUCGGUGGGAAGACGACCGGAGUGGUGGUCAGGACGCUGAUCCCCAACAGUGUCGCCGAUAAGGACGGCCGGCUCCGGACAGGUGACCACAUCCUCCGCAUCGGGGCCACGCCCACCAGCGGCCUCACCAGCGACCAGGUGGUCAAGGUGCUGCAGGGAUGCGGGAGUCAUGUGACCAUGCUGAUCGCCAGAGACCCCCGAGGUCAGAGGUCGGAGGCCCCGCCCCCUCCACCGCCACCGCCUGACUCCGCCCCUGUCUCCUCCCUGCCUCCCCUGCCCCCCCAACGGAGGGUCAGCAAGACACCCAACCUGGAGGGAUACGAGCUCCAUGAGGUUCCUCUGACUAAGAAGGACGGUCAGAGUUUGGGAAUCUCCAUCGUUGGAUACAAUCCUCUGACCAGCCAAGAUGCUGUCGGUGUGUUUGUGAAACACGUUGUUCCAGGAAGUGCAGCUGAUCAGAGCGGAAACAUCCGGAUCCACGACCGCCUCAUCUCUCUGGACGGCGUCAGUCUCCACGGUUUGACCAACCAGGAGGUUCUGGAGGUGAUGAAGCAGACGGGUCAGACGGUGGUUCUGACUCUGGUCAGGAAGAAAGCCAGAACUGUGGAGCGAUCGCUGGAUAAAGUGGAGAGGGAGUCGUCUCGUGUGUCGCUCAGGAGGUCACUGGAGGUCAAAGCUCAUCCAUCAGCGUUGGGAUCGACGAUGACCAAGCAGGAAGCAGCGUACCUGAACGCACCACCACUGACCAGGGCCUCAGAAGCAGAGCUCAGAGCUAAAUGGCAGCAGGCUCUUGGUCCUCAGUAUGAAGUCCUGGUGGUGAGGUUGGAUCCGGUCAUUGAAGACGAUGCAGAGCUGCAGAAAUCAUCAAAGCUGCUGCCCAUCCACACUCUGCGUCUCGGCGUGGAGCUGGACUCUUUCGAUGGACAUCACUACAUCUCCUCUGUGGCCCCUGGGGGCCCCGUGGACAAACAUGGAGUCCUGAGACCGGAGGACGAGCUGCUGGAGGUCAACGACGUUCAGCUGUAUGGAAAGUCUCGGAGGGAAGCUGUUUCCUUUCUCAAAGAGGUUCCUCCUCCAUUCACUCUGAUCUGCUGCCGACACCCCACCUCAGAGCUGGGACCAGAACCAGAAUUGGAACCUGAACCUGAACCCGCACCAGCACUACCAUCAGAACCAGAACCAACCAGACAAUCCCAGCUCAACAUGGAGGAGAUCGAGUUGAAACUUUCAUCGAUGCUCCUCAGUCAGAACGACCUGAGAGACGACAAGCAGCAGCUAGACACACAGGAGCAGGUAUCACCUGUAGAGGAGGAGCUGAAGGAGGAGACGCCUCCACACAGCGAGGAGGAGGAAGAGGACGAAGAGGGGGAUGAUGAUGAUGAUGAUGAUGAUGAUGAAGGAGAGCUGGCUCUGUGGUCUCCAGAUGUUGAGAUGUUGGAGCUGCAGAAGGAGAAAGAUAAAGGCCUCGGAUUCAGCAUCCUGGACUACCAGGACCCGUUGGACCCUGGUCGCUGUGUGAUGGUGAUCCGGUCUCUGGUUCCCGGUGGUUCUGCAGAACGUCGUGGCGGUUUGCUUCCUGGAGACCAGCUGGUGUCGGUCAACCACACUCAGCUGGACAUGUUCACCCUGGCCGAGGCCGUGGAGGUUCUGAAGUCUGCCCCUCCUGGUACCGUCCGCCUGGGCAUCAGGAAACCUCUGGUGGACUCACCUGAGAAGAAGGAGGAGGACAUCAUCCAGGUGUCUCCUAUGAACAUCCAGCUAACAGUCCCAAAGGGUUUGGGCGACGGCUCCAUCCUCCCUGAAGACUUACAUCAGGACGAGGAGGAGCCGGAGCUGAUCCUGGACGGAGGUCUUCCUCGAUACGCCGCCUCCUCCAGGACCUCCAGCCUGCUGCAGAGAGGAGAAGACAGCAGGGAGAUGGCCGUAGACGAGGAGGAGGAAGAGAAGGUAGAGGAGGAAGAGGAGCAGAGAGUCGAGGAGAAGAUCAGCUCCCUCCCCAGGAAACCUCCUCCGUCCUGGGAGGAGUGGAAGCUGUCCUCCCUGAGCCGGACCAGAAGACCAGAGGAGACGUGGAGACGAGAGAAUCCAGACGAUGAAGAUCUGCAGAAAUCCGACCAUGAGAGCAUCGUUUCUGUAGGAAACCUGAUCCUGGGUCUCAGAGACUCUGAAGCUGAUUCUGAACUCACCCUGACCGACACCGACUCAGAGUCUGUCAGGAUGAUUGACAUGGCCAGGAGGAAGAGGCGGAGCCAGAGAGGAGCCUCUGGACCAAUCAGAGGAAGCCACAGUGAUCUACCUGAGAGAGAGGAGGGGGAGGGGGAGGAGACGCCCACCUUCAGCCACUGGGGAAACCCCCGCAGGGUGGAGGUGUGGCCAGAGGAGGGUCAGUCUCUGGGUCUGAGCAUCGUUGGAGGACGACACGUCAUCAAACGUCUGAGGAACGGAGAAGAACUGAAGGGGAUCUUCGUCAAACAGGUUCUGGACCACAGUCCUGCAGCCAAGACCCAGAGUCUGAAGACCGGGGACAAGAUCCUGGAGGUAUCAGGUGUGGAUCUCAGAGCUGCCAGUCAUGAAGAAGCCGUCAGCGCCAUAAAAUCAGCUCCAAGUCCCGUCGUCUUCAUCGUCCAGAGUCUGUCUGCGACGCCACGGCCGGUUUCUGUCACAGCUCCGACUUACAGCAAACACAAAACCAAGAGGAUGGAUUCUCCGAACGACUCCAGAAGAAGCUCUGCCCCCCUCAGACAGCCCCCACCCUACAGACCUCCCAGCCAAUCAGAGCAGGAGCUGAAGAGCGACCUGGAGCAGGCUAAAGAGCGUUGGUGUGAGCGCUAUGGAGACCUGCGGGGGGCGCUGCUGUGCGUGGAGCUGGAGAAGGAGCGGCAGGGUCUGGGCCUCAGCCUGGCGGGGAACCGGGACCGGUCCAGACUCAGCAUCUUCGUGGUGGGACUCCAUCCUGGAGGUCCGGCUGCUCGGGACGGACGGAUCCGGGUCGGAGACGAACUGCUGGAGAUCAAUAACCAGAUCCUUUAUGGGCGGAGCCACCAGAACGCCUCAGCCAUCAUCAAGAGCGCCGCCGCCAAGGUGAAGCUCAUCCUGCUCAGAAAUGAAGAUGCCAUUAACCAGAUGGCCGUCCCUCCCUUCCCUCCUCCCCCUGUCCUCAGUCCUGAGUGUGUGUCUCCGGUUGUCCUUGGUGGCUCCACCCCCAGCGAUGGGCUCCGCCCCCCUGACAGCCUGACGCUCCACCCCUCCUCGGAUGCUCCGGACGAGACGAGCAACGAAGCCGAACUCAACAGCAGGAACAGAAGCAACAACAGCAGCAGCAACAGCAACAGCGCCCCCAAGAGACUGAGAGACGCCGAUACUUCCAGAAAGAGGCUCAAAGCUGCAGAGUCUCCAGAAGACGAGCUCCAGGCUCCAAAGGCUUCGCUGGAGCUGCAGUCCUGCAGAACAUCCAGCAGCAAACAGACGACAGCGAGUUCUCCUCCUCUGAUCAGCCCCGACCUGCACCAAGCUAACAGAGAUCCGUCCUGCUGUCUGGUGGUUCCUGGUCAGGAGACGCUGCUGGAGAUCUGCAAAGGACGAUCAGGACUCGGACUCAGUAUAGUGGGAGGAAGAGACACACAACUGGACGCCAUCGUGAUCCAUGAGGUCUAUGAAGAAGGAGCUGCAGCCAGAGAUGGACGUCUGUGGGCCGGAGACCAGAUACUGGAGGUGAACGGCGUGGACCUCCGCGGGGCGUCUCAUGAGGAGGCGAUCGCCGCUCUGCGUCAGACGCCAGCGAAGGUCCGACUGAUGGUUCUGAGGGACGAGGCCCAGUACCGGGACGAGGAGAACCUGGAUGUGUUUAAGGUGGAGCUGCAGAAGAGGAGCGGCAGAGGGCUGGGGCUCAGCAUCGUGGGGAAGAGAAGUGGUAGUGGCGUGUUUAUCUCAGAUGUGGUCAGAGGGGGCGCCGCUGAGCUGGAUGGUCGGUUGAUGCAGGGCGAUCAGAUCCUGUCGGUCAACGGAGACGACACCAGACACUCCUCACAGGAAGCUGUAGCCGCCAUCCUCAAGUGUGUUCGGGGUCCAGUUCUGUUGGAACUCGGUCGACUCAAAGCUGCUUCCUGGAUCUCAUCCAGACGGAACUCACAGGGAAGUCAGAUGAGUCAUGUCAGCGGGAACAGCUCAGGUGUUUUGGCUCCGCCCCUCACUCAGACCCCGACAUCACCUGACACCUUUAGCUCCACCCCCGUCCUGCCCCUCAACAACAACACAAAGUCCUCCAGUGACAUCACUUCCUCCUCCACCAACAGUCCAGGAGUCGAUGGAGGUCUGAGAACUGUGGACAUCACCAGGAGCCCCACCGACUCCCUCGGGGUGAGUAUAGCAGGAGGGAAGGGCAGCCCUCUGGGAGACAUCCCCAUCUUCAUCGCCAUGAUCCAGGCCAACGGAGUGGCUGCCAAGACACACCAACUAAAGGUUGGAGAUCGUCUGGUCAGUAUUAACGGUCAGUCAGUGGACGGUUUGUCUCACAGUGAAGUCGUCACCAUCCUGAAGAACAGCUACGGCAACAUCAGACUGAAGGUUGUGGCCGACACCAACAUCAGCGCCAUCGCCUCUCAGGUGGAGAGUUUGUCGAGCAGCUCUGGUGUUUCAGCGAGUACUGACACAAACACAGCCGAUCCAGAAGGGCCUCGUCCUCGCAGCAUCAGUCUGGAAAAAGGCUCAGAGGGACUCGGCUUCAGCAUCGUGGGAGGAUUCGGGAGUCCACAUGGAGACCUGCCCAUCUACGUCAAGACAGUCUUCAGCAAGGGGGCGGCGGCCGUGGACGGGCGUCUGAAACGAGGCGACCAGAUCCUGACGGUGAACGGAGAAAGUCUGCAGGGAGCGACGCAUGAACAAGCCGUCGCCAUCCUGAAGAAACAGAGAGGAACCGUCACGCUGGACGUCCUGUCAUAACACACACACACACACACACACACACACACACACAUGAACAGACGGGUGACAUGUUCACAGACUGUCGGACUACUUUCAUCGAUGAUCGUCAACUCUGAACUUCCCAACAUGCAAAAAAAUGGAAGAGCAUCAGACGGUGCCAAAACACACAGACACACAACUACACACAGACACACAACUACACACAGACACACAACACGCAUGUCUCUCUAUGUUUGUGAGGACUUUCUGUAAACCUGAUGCUGAACCCUCACAAACACAGACUCUCACUGACGUCUGCAGAUGGAGCUAACAGAGUUUCUCAACCUUUGGUUCGGGGCCACAUGUUGGGUCACAUGACGUUUGUUUGGGUGUAAAGGAUCCUCACCUGGUGAUGAAAGUGUCCCACCUGACAGGUUCUGGUUCUAGAGGCGGUCCAGAUCUGAACCUUCUACCAAACCAAGCGACUCAUAUUUACACAAAUCUGUAGCAGAAACCUCCAACCUGUGGUUUCUACAGCUUCAUGUGAACCAGGCAGGUGUUGAUCGCUUGUUCAGCUGCAGGCUUUUGCUUCUUGCAGUCACAGAGUUUCCUGAACCGGUUCUGGUAGACGAGUACUUGGGUAUUUUCCUUCAUGACAGCUUCACAUCUCCUUAUAUUUAGUGUUUCCCAGCAGAAAUCAGCUCUUUGGGCUCUAAAACUUUGCUUUGUUUUUGAUGGAAAAACGUUGAGAACUUCAGAUUUAGGUUUGUCAACCAGAACUCCAUCCACUCAGACAGAUGAUCCACCUUAAACAUCUGGUUCCUGUAGGUUCCUCUGGUCUUUGAACAGGUGAGUUGAUUCAUUAAGUUUAAAGUUGACCAGUUUCCAAAACACACGGACGCAGUUUUUCCUGCCUAGUAUGUAUUAGUAUGUUAGCAUGCUAAUGUUUGCUAAUUAGGAGCUAACGCUAAAAGAUAUUUGAUCAAAAAGCAAAGUUUGGACACAUGAAAACACUGACCUGAUGAAAAGCAGAAGAAUGUAGUUGAAUAAUGGAUUUGUCCAGAGGUGUAAAUAUCGUCAUAAUCUAUUAAUUAUUAAAACCUUUGAUUGCAGUUUCUUAAAUGUGAACUGCAUCUUUAGGACAUUUUAAAACAUCACCUUGAUCUAAAUGAUGGUUAUUUUGUCUUUUGUCCAACAUUUUAAAGACCAAACACUGAAUCAGCCGUUCAAUGAUGCAGCUACUUUGUUUGACAUUAAAGUUUUCAGUAGUUUCAGUUUCUGUUGGGAGGAACACAAACGUCUGCUUUAGAUUUCAUGCUAGUGUUUAAAACAACCAUCAGCCUCAUGGUGGGAAGUCAGCAGGACGGAACAAAUACACCCAACGGCUUCUCAAUAUUUCCUAUUGAACAAAGAGAGAAGAGAGAUCUGAGGCCUGAUGUUCUUUAGCUGAUGAAGGUUGAGAAGCUCUGUUCUGAGAUCUGCUGAUUCACACAAUCCUCUGAAACGCACGAACACGGAGUCGGACGCUUAAAUCCAGCCUGGACCAGCUAAACAAACCGAUCUGAGGAUGGAGGACUUUUAUGAUCCAGAGGAACAAAAAGGGAAGAUCUGAUGGAAAGGUGUGACCGCUGCACAUGCUAGCUUAGCGUCUCCCCUGUGCUAAAAGCCUGAUUAGCUCUUAGCUGUGGAGUAGCUGAUGUUAUAAACGGAUAAGUGGUUCCAGAUAUCAUCAGUUAUCUGGUUUGUAGCUGUUUCAGAACCAGUAGACCAUCAAAGAACCAGCUGCUGACGGAACUGGACUUUAUUUUCUAAUCGGUACUGAGAGGUUGAGGAACUUUCCCAGGUAUCGAGAUGUUUCCACAACAGAACCAAAACCUAGGAGGAUCCAGUAAAGUAGUCCACCAGUUAUUAAAAGCUUCCCUUGUUUCCAAUGCAGUGUAGGAACUAACGACUUUGCCGUAACACCGAGAAAACCAAACAACCAACAGUAGUACCUGGACAGAACCCCAGGUCUCCACAGGAAAUAGAACAAAGGAGGCUUUCUGUGUUUGACGAUGUGGAGGAUUUUAUUGAUAGCGACGUUAGAGAAGAGAUUAAACACUGGGUUUGUUGUUCUCUCCAAGUUUAACCAAUCAGCUUUCAGACCUGCACAAGUUGUUCAGAGCCAUUAAAAAGUUUUUGUUGGAGCAUUUUUAUCCUGAACGUCUGAAAACAUUUCUUCAUGUUUGACCAAUAAUCAUAUAGUCCCACCCAGCAGUUCUGGGUUCCACUCAGCAGGUCCUAACCCUGGAGAAAGAACUUCUUUCCCUCUAACUACGACCCUAAAAGUGCUUCUAGAAGACGGUUCCUGUGGUUGGAACAUGAAUGUUAAAGCUGCCCUAAAGGAACCAGACCAUCUCAUCCUCUACAGAAAGCAACAACAAAGUCCCUGAACUCUGUUGACCUGUCAGCUACAAAAAGCUGCUUCUGCUCUCCAUCAUUACUGUCGGACAAAAACUACAAACAAGACAACCUGGAAUAAUUCUACAAAAAGCUCCAGCGACCUUUACUAGUCAGAUGUUUCAUGCUGUUUUCCACUGCAGGAACCGUCCUCUAGAACCUCUUUCAGGGCCGUUUUCAGGAGAAAAGGAAGUCCUCUGGGUACUUCUGAUUGGUCCUAAAAAACUGCUGUGUGGGAACAGAUGAUUGGUUAAACUUGGAGAAGACAACAAGCAAAAUUUUUCUGUCUUUUGUCAAACAUCACUGUCAACAACAGAACAAACCUCCAUGAUUGUUUCCUAUGUAGAACUGGAGUCUGCUAACUUCUGAUUUUUGGUGCACUCGAACACGAUGGAAACAGGAAGGCUCAAAUCGCUGACUAAGGGCCUCUUCCUGUCCGUGUUAGCACCACCUAGUGUCGGUUCUGAAGUCCUGCAGGGGAAACUAAGAAAUUGACCAAACGGACUUUUUUUCCUGGAGUUUAAACUCUGGUUCCUGUGGUGGAAGAAGCUGUUUGGGGGAAGGUCCUGAACUGAAGCUCACUGGAGGUACAUUUUUUGAGUCUGAAAAUCACUGGGAGAUUAAACUGUAAUUCUCUUGUUUUAUUUUAAAUUUGUUGCACUAAAAGUUAACACGAAGGGGAAAAAUGUUGAAUUUAAUUUUGCCACAAUGUAAAAAUGUUUGAGUGCGUUUGGUGGAAGAGGGGAAAUCCAGUGGAUCAGCCCCAAGGCUUAUUCGUUUCUAAGAUAACUAAAGUGUUAAGUUAUUUUCAUUUUUAAAAAUGGGCACAAAUACUGGAAACACAAAAUCUGUGUGGAUAUUACAACCUGCAGCAUCUAGAGGACAAAAGAAAUCAGCUGUUUGCUUUUCAAAAAUCUGCACAAUUUCGUUUCAGACGCUGGACAAAUGGAAACUAACAUUCAUGAGAGAGACUUACUUAUUCAGCAAAAUGUUCUUUUAGAUCCACAAACAUUUCCAUACAGGUUCUGUUCAGUCUCAUAAGUUCAGUUCUGUUCUGUAAAGUCCUAAAACGUGCCAUCAUUGGAUAAAUUCUGUGUUUUUCUUCAUAACUCUGAUACUUAAAGGUGAACAAACUCGUUAUCUUCCACUAAUGAAUCCAUGCUACACAUUAAGCAACAUGCUCGAGAUGUUGGUUACUGCGUGUCUCCAUGGAGAUGAACCUCAGGACUUGGUGGGCAUGGAGACCUCCUGUCGCCCCCGGCAACAGAUACAGUGUCUUCCACAUGAUUGUUGUCAUAGAGAGAACAUUUAAAACGCUUGUGUCUCCGUGGAGAUUUUAAAUAUUUUCUAGAAACAGGUCUGAGUGUAAAAGCAGCAGACCGGCAUUCAGUGAAAUCCUCUUGUUCUCAAUAAAAAAACUGGAAGGAAAAUAGAAACUGUUUGAUGUAACGGCUCUGGAUUGGUCAGGUUUACCAGAUGUUUCCGAGUGUGGAGGAGCUUUUAAAGUAGAAAACUAAUAUCUGGAGUUAAAUCAUCUAAAGUCAAGGUUCAGACUUUCAGGUUUUGUCAUUUUUUAUGUCAUCAUUAAACAGGAUUUGUUAGAAUUUGGGUCUAAACUCUGGCGAGCUAAUGCUAGCUUUGUCAGCUAGUUCAGUUAGCUAGUCAUUUAGCAGCAGUUACUGUGUGUAAAUAAAUAUCUAUUGUCAGAAAGUUAGCAUGCCUCAAUAAAUCACAGAUUCAGGUGCAUAAAAGACGUCUUUAGUUGUGUGAAGUAGAGCAUAAAAUCUUUAAGUUUUUCAGUUUAGUUCAGUUAACUCGUGUUUAUGAAGCACAUUUGAUUUCCUUCUGCUCAAAACUCCCCUUUAUUUAAGCUAGCAGGCGAUAUUUUAGAGUCCCGUGUCUACUUCCUGUUUCUGUUAGCAUUGCAACCUAACAAAACUUUAAAAAAUGAUAACAAAAUUAAACAAAGCAGCCUGAAAACAAUGUGCCUGUUUUAGUUCAGUCCUGUUCAAACAUCUAAACACUGAGCAGCUUCCAUCUGAGCUAACAGGCGUCUUCUACGUUAGCACUACAAGCUAGCAUAGCUCCUUAAAUUAAUAAGGUAUUUUUUAUUUUGAGAACUAAAACGUAGAAUCUGUAAGUUCUACCAUUUGAUUCAGUUAACUUGUAUUUGUGGCAAACAUUUUAAAUUAUCCCCGCACAAAACUCCACGUCUUUCCCACUAUUUCUACCUUUAGCAUUACAAACUAGCAUGGCACCUCAAAUGACACCUUAAGAUGCAGAAAAGUUUUGUCUUUAGUACAUUUAUUUAUGUUUCAUUUGUGUCUGGACACAUGAUAAAUUGGUGUUUUGUAAAAUUCACACAGUUGAUAAUGAGAUGGAGAUGUUUGAUUAUGCAAAGCUAACGUCCUGCACACACUUUUGUCCAUUAGCAAUACACGCUAGCAUGCCUCAAUAAAUUCCAGAUUCAGGUGCAGAAAAGAUGUCUUUAGUUUUGUGAAUUAGAGCAUAAAAUCUUUUCAGCUUAGUUCAGUUCACUCGUGUUUAUGAAGCUUAUUUUAUUUCCUUCUGCAUAAAAAACUCCACUUUAUUUAGGCUAGAAGGCGCCAUUUCAGAAUUCUGUUUCUGUUAGCAUUACAAGCUAACAUAACUUAAAUAAUGUCAACAAAAUGGAACAAAGCAAUCUGAAGACCAUGAGCAUUUAUGAAACUACACAGAAGAUAGUAAAAUUCAUUAGUUAUUGGAGCAUUUCUUCUUAAUUUGAAGCAUGUUUUGUUAUUUGGGGUAAAUGUAAAACUGUUGAUUUUUGUCAUUUUGGUUUUUAUUGUAAAGCCGAUCAUUUAUUAAAAGGCUAAUGCUAGUUAACUUUACAACAGUUUCUUGUACUUUAGCUGCUGGCAAACAUCUAAAUAUUGAACCUGACUAUUUAACGGAGAACAAGAGGAUCAAGCUGGACGUUGGCCCACUGUAGCUUCUAAUCUUCCAUUUUCCAGCUGUGACUUUUCAGAUAUAUUGAUGUCUAAUCGAUCAGCAGCAGCUUCAGGCGUCAUGAAGGGAAAUAAUCUGUUCAGAGCUUCCUGAACUUUAUACAUAUCAAUGAGUGCAGAAUACUUUAUGUUCACGUUUUAUUUCCUCAUAAUUGUCUUAAUUUUUUAUCUGUAGCAGCGACAGUAGAUGAACUUUAAUUUAUUUUUUGACCUUUCUGGAAAUUAACGUAUUUUUUGUUGUUAUGUUAUGAUGAGCACUGAUGUGUGUCUUAAAUCACAAUUAAAACUCUGCAGCUUCA